AUGGGACCCUUCUCAAAUACCCAGGUCUUUGCCUGUGUCUGUACGUUCCUGCUCUGGAAUAAUAUCCAGCCAAGUGUGGAAAAUGAAUUUAUUGCAAAUUAUUCAAGCCGUUUGCUCACCAGUGUUCCAAACACCAUUCCAGUCCAUACUCAGGUGUUAGAUCUAUCCCAUAAUAGGAUCUCUGGACUUAGUACCUCGGAGUUUAUUUCUCUUUCUGACCUCCGAGUGUUAAAUCUUUCUCAUAAUCUAAUUACGGAGCUCGACUUCGGCGUCUUCUUUUUCAAUCAAGACUUAGAACACUUGGAUUUGUCUCAUAACAGCAUUUUGAAAGUUUACUGCCUGACUCUCGCCUCCCUCAGGCACUUGGAUCUCUCUUUCACCAAGUUGGCUGCCCUGCCCCUCUGUCAGGAAUUGGGGCAGAUGUCCCGUUUGGAGUUCCUGGGGCUGAGCGCCGCGACGCUGCGACGCUCCCACUUCAGGUACCUCACGGGUUUGCGGCUCCGCAAGGUCCUCCUGACCUUGGAAGACUUCUCCCUCUACGAGCCUCAGAGCCUGAGGGCCCUGGACACGAGGAGCCUCCACCUUGUUUUUGCAGGAAACCAAAACUUCAGUUUUCCCCUCCUGUACGACGGAAUGAGCACUUCAGAAACCUUAAGGAUUGAUAAUUUAAGAUACACCUUGAGCUCUGGCUAUUUCCCCUCUCCUCCUUUAACGCUUCUGAAGGAGAUCAAGACAACAGCUCUGAUGCUGGACACCGUGGACUUACAAUGGCCUGUCAUUUUGCAGAUUUUCCUGCUGGUUUGGUAUUCGCCUGUGGAACGUCUGACUGUGAGACAUUUGACUUUUUGGGGACCCGUGGAGGAGCUGCCCGGAUAUGAAUUUCUACCUUUAUUAAGUUCUCUGGAGGAAAGAAUUUCUCUGAGUGGCUCCAUGAAGGCGCUGACUUUGGAGCACGUUCGGAACAAGGUUUAUUAUUUCAACCAGGAGGUUCUGUACCGACAGUUUUCGGAGAUGCCUCUUGCCAGCUUGACCAUCUUCGAUGCCUCCAUGCCCCACAUGCUCUGCCCCAACAGAACAAGCUCCUUCCAGUACUUAAAUUUUUCUCACAACGCCCUGACGGAUGAAUUGUUCCAGAACUGUGGCACUCUGACAGACCUGAAGUUCCUUGUUUUACAGAGGAAUAAAUUGGAGAGCCUUCCCAAGGUCAGCUUCAUGACCAGCCGUAUGAAGUCGCUGAAGUUCUUGGACGUGAGCAGCAACUUG